AGUGUGUACAGGGUAAUUAGCAGAUUGACUCAAUAAUUAAAUUAAAAUUAUUUCAAAUCUAAUCAUUUAAUUAGUCCAUUUUUUUUCAACAUAGUUCGGAAAGAAUCGGCAUGGAUACAUCGGCAGCUUCAAAAUGGCGACGAAAAUAGAGAGGAAUGUUUGAACAUGCACAGAAAUAUUGACUACACUCAUUUUACAUAAAAAAAAAGUUGGCACACGUUGAUUAAAACUUACAAAAUGUCUCAGAUAGCUAAAAACAGGAUUAAGAGUGCGUGGACACCAUUGAGUAAUGGAGAAACUAAUAAUAAGAUAUUUGAAGAAAGAAGAGGACUUUUGAAGAAAUGGUAUGAGAAAUGGACAGACGAACAGAGGAAAAGAAUUAUAGAAGAUUUAGUUCAAGUUUCAAAAAUCAAACAAUUACAACAUGCACAAACAUUAGUUAAUGAUAAAGUUCCUAUGAAGCAAGAAGACUUUACAAGGGUGCUACCGAAAGUCCUUAGUGUUUAUUUAUUUUCAUUCUUAGAUCCAAGGAGUUUAUGUCGGGCAUCAAGAGUAUGUUGGCAUUGGAAGUUUUUAACAGAAUCUGACCAGUUAUGGAUGCCAAAAUGUCUGAGACUUGGAUGGUACCUACCUUUUACACCUAGUCCUUAUGAAACAGGUGUAUGGAAGAGAAACUAUAUAGAAAACAUCAAAAGUUUACAGGUGUUACGACCGAAGUUAGAAUACAAGAAGCAUGAUGCCCUCCUAGAAUUAGAGAGAUUAAAAAUUAGCCAGGAAAGAGCUCUUCGCUCACAGAAAGAUAAGAAAAAGAAUCCCCAGCCAUGGAGAGGGUCUGAUCCAGUACCAAAAGAUACCUGGAGAUACAAUAUACUGGAGAAUAAUGAUAUUGUAGGGGAUGUUACCAAAAUGAGAAAGAAAAAGUCUUAUGGACCUCAUUCUGAUUAUAUUAACAUCAAUGCCAGGAGUAAAGUGAAAACAGGACAAAACAUACUCAACCAGGCACGCAAAAGUCAGUCCAUGUCCAGGCUGAGCUAUUCAAUGGAUGCCAUGAACGCUGACCGCCCACAAUGGGCUCGGGAUGACAUGUCGCAGAAUAUUAAUGUAUCUUUUGACAAGAAUGUAUCCAAACCCAGGGUAAAACCAGGGCAUCCGAGUCCUGAACAGAAAAUGCCAAAACAGCCACCUUCAGCCAGAUCUGAGAGAGAUCCACCCACUGCCAGAUUGUUCCCAGAAACUCCAUGGAAAGUCCCAGAUAGUACAGAUUCAGAUUAAUCUCCACAAACAACUUUAGGGCUUCAAUUAAAACAGACUAUACAUACUUUGUAUUUUAUAAUGUAACUACUCAAACAUUGUUAUACAUCAAUUAUCAUUACAUCAACUUUGUAUAUUGUGGGGCCUUUUAUUUUUGGUUAAUUGAGAUAAUUUUCAUUUUAAUGAAUACUUGAUUUUAUGACUUUACAAAGUAAACUCAUCUAAAAUCUAUAAGUGUACAUACAAUCUAAAAGUGCACAUUGACCUAUAAUGGUUUACUUAUUUUUAAAUUGUUAUUUGGAUGGAGAGUUGUCUCAUUGGCACUCACACCACAUCUUCCUAUAUCUAUAUACAUCAAAAAUAUUCAUUUUAGUAUGAACUUUUGUUAUUGAUGGCUAUGUUAAAAUAUUUUUACAAAUUGUGACUUGGAUGAAAAGUUGUCUCAUUGGCACUCAUACCACAUCUUCUUAUUCAGGUAUUUAUUUGUGUGGUUUAAUUACUAUUUCAUUGAUGUAUACCUCACAUCUCUUUUUUAUUUUCAAAAAUAAUUUGCUAUUCUUAAACAAUUUUAAGAGUAAAUUGAGAUAUGAAUAGAUAAUAUUAUUUCUAUGUUUAAGCUAGUUUAGAGCUAAAUAUAUUUAUAUACAUGUGAUAUUUGAUACUAUUUAUUUAUUGUAUUAUUUUAAUUGAAAUAUUGAAAUAUUUGGAAUUGUUGGUUAUUAAUUCCAGAUGUUAAAUUAGUGAUCACUUGUGAAAGAAUAAGGGUAGAUAACUCUAUAUAUUUUGAACAAAUGUAUCGUAAUUUUUAGAGCUGGGGAUUCCUAGAGAUAAGGCUGAUUGAUAUUUCUUCUGGAAGCCAAAUUUUAAUGAAAUAUAUCAUUUUUAAUUAUUUUUUUAGUUAUGAUUGAAUGCAAUGUCAGCCAUGUAGUUGAGAGGAAAAAUAAAGAACUGAAGAAGGCCAUUGGCCGAAACGUCUUGAAAAAUUGGUUUAUUUAAACAAUUAUAUAAAGUAUGUUCCCUAUUGGAAUUUUGAAAACAAGGAUAUUUUUUUAGUUCUAUCCAUGCUUUUAAAUUUUCUGUUACAUUCAUUUGGAAUUUUCAAGAAAAAUGAAAGAUUGAUUUUUAUGUAAUACAAAUUGCAACCUGAAAAUGACUGAAUUCGACAUUAAUUUUGUUUGAAAAUUGAAAAAAAAAAGUAAACCUUUUUUUUUAAAUCAUAAUCUGCCAAGGAAAAUGUAUCUAAUGAAGAAGUUGUCUGAAAAAGCGUACUGUAUGUGUAUACAUUGUGUUUUUCUGUGAUUUAAUAGAAUUCCAUUCCAGUUAACAUUUCAAAAUCAAAGACUCCUUUUAUGUGAUGUUGUUUUUUAUUCAAAUAUUUUUGUUAAUUUUUUAUGUUUUUGUCAAUUUACUGUAUAUUAUGUAAGCGUUUGAAUGGUUU